AUGGCUGCAGGAGUGGCAACCUGGCUGCCCUUUGCCCGGGCAGCAGCUGUGGGCUGGCUCCCACUGGCCAAGAAGCCUAUGCCCAAGCCUCCUUUGGACAAGAAACGCCGCCAUGAUGAAAUCUUAGUGGUCAACGUUAGUGGAAAACGCUUCCAAACUUGGAAGAAUACCCUGGACCGUUAUCCAGAUACCUUAUUAGGCAGUUCUGAGAAGGAAUUCUUUUAUGAUGAAGAUAGCAAGGAAUAUUUCUUUGAUCGUGACCCAGAGAUGUUCCGGCACAUUCUCAACUUCUAUCGUACAGGUAGGCUCCAUUAUCCCCGCCAGGAGUGCAUACAGGCCUUUGAUGAAGAGCUGUCCUUUUACGGAAUCAUCCCAGAGCUGAUUGGUGACUGCUGCUUGGAGGAAUACCGUGACCGCAAGAAGGAGAAUGCGGAGCGCCUGGCUGAGGAUGAAGAAGCCGAGAUUGCCACGGACACUGCCUUGCCGCCAGAUAGCACGUUCCGUCAACAGCUCUGGAGAGCGUUUGAGAACCCCCAUACCAGCACCAUGGCUUUGGUCUUCUACUAUGUGACUGGUUUCUUCAUUGCUGUCUCGGUCAUUGCCAAUGUGGUGGAGACGAUCCCAUGCCGGCCACCUCCUGGGAAGAAGAAAAGCGAGUCCUGUGGAGAUCGUUUCCCCAACGCUUUCUUCUGCAUGGACACAGCAUGUGUCCUCAUCUUUACCUUUGAGUAUCUCAUGCGGCUUUUUGCUGCCCCCAGUCGAUUCAAGUUCAUGAAGAGCGUGAUGAGUAUCAUUGACGUUGUGGCCAUCAUGCCUUACUAUAUUGGGCUGGUGGUGCCAGAAAAUGAAAACGUCUCUGGGGCCUUUGUGACACUGAGAGUCUUCCGUGUCUUCCGCAUCUUCAAGUUCUCACGCCACUCACAGGGCCUAAGGAUCCUGGGCUAUACUCUUAAGAGCUGUGCCUCUGAAUUGGGCUUCCUCCUCUUCUCCCUCACUAUGGCUAUCAUCAUCUUUGCCACCGUUAUGUUCUAUGCUGAGAAGAGCACAAAGGAGACCAACUUCACCAGCAUCCCUGCUGCCUUCUGGUACACUAUUGUCACCAUGACCACACUUGGCUAUGGUGACAUGGUCCCAAGCACCAUUGCAGGGAAGAUCUUUGGAUCCAUCUGCUCUCUAAGUGGGGUGCUGGUCAUCGCCCUUCCUGUACCUGUCAUUGUUUCCAACUUCAGCCGCAUCUACCACCAGAAUCAGCGGGCAGAUAAGCGGCGAGCUCAGCAGAAGGUUCGCCUGGCCCGAAUACGGCUGGCCAAGAGUGGUACUACCAAUGCUUUUCUUCAGUACAAGCAGAAUGGAGGCCUUGAGGUAUGAACUCAGUUCUCUGUUCACCUUGGUGCC